AUGGCGGAAUCAGAGAAACCCUGCAACCUCCACGUGGACUACGUGAUCCGUUACAGCUUUGGAAAUGCUGAACAAUCGCAGGCGAUUGCACAGCUAGAGAAACUACUCCAGUCCCUCGCCCAAGUCGGUUUACAGGCCGAAGUUCGUCAGGGCGAUGAAUCGUCUCUGCUCGUCUUUGUUCGAGCUUCCGAGAAGCGCCUGAAGCGAGCAGUCUACCGGUCGCGCGUCCGUGACUGGCUUUGCGGUAUUCGCAACUCUGAACCCACUUCUUCGAGUUCAACAGAGACUCAAACCGAGGCCGAGCGCUUGCGAGUCGUUCACCAGAUGAUCACACACUCCAACGAAGAGGGCGGCGCCGGAAUUACCCCCAACCACGGAGAAUGGAAGGACGUCACCGCUUUAUUCCCGCUGCACGAUAUCGAAACCAACAAGACUUGGAUGCGGGAUUGGAGUAAGAAGACCUUCCUCUCCGAUGACGACUUAGAUCAGAUCCGGAACAAGUUUGGGGAAAGUGUUGGGUUCUACUUUUCUUUCUUGCAGUCAUACUUCCGAUUCUUGAUAUUCCCGGCCGUUUUUGGAUUCUCCUGUUGGUUCCUUUUGGGUGGUUUCUCGCUUAUUUAUACAGCCAUCAACUGCCUUUGGUGUAUUGUAUUUGUGGAAUACUGGAAGCGCCAGGAAGUCGAUCUCAGCUGCAGGUGGGAGACCAAGAAUGUAUCAGUGGUCCGAACCAGCCGUCGUGAAUUUAAGCCCGAGAAGGUGGUAAUUGACGAAGGGACCGGCGAGAAACUUGGUGUCUUCCCGGCCACCAAGCGCAUGCAGAGACAGCUUCUGCAGAUUCCCUUCGCAUUGCUUGCAGCUAUCGCUCUGGGUGCUAUCAUUGCGACCUGCUUUGCUAUCGAAAUCUUCAUCUCGGAGCUCUACAACGGCCCGCUGAAAACAUACCUGAUUUUCAUUCCAACCAUUCUUGUAUCAGCGCUUGUGCCCACCAUGAGUGCCAUCCUGACCUCAAUCGCAACAAAGCUCAAUGACUAUGAGAACCACGAGACAAAAGAUGCAUAUGAUGUCGCCUUAACGCAGAAGGUCUUCGUGAUCAACUUCAUCACCUCUUAUCUUCCGAUCUUUUUGACGGCCUUCGUCUACGUUCCAUUCGCAAGCCUCAUUGUGCCGUACCUGGAUGUCUUCCAUUUGACAGUUCGACCUUUCGUGUCCAAGGAACACGCCGUGGCAAAGCAAUCACACUUCCAGAUCGACCCUGCUCGUUUGCGUAACCAGGUCAUCUACUUCACUGUGACAGCCCAGAUUGUUGGCUUUGCGAUGGAGACAAUUGUGCCUUAUAUUAAGCAGCACGCGUUGCGCAAGUAUAAGAAGUAUAACAAGGAGCGAAACGGCAAGUUGGAGCGAAAUGGGGACAAAGAGUCACCCGAAAGACCAGUCAUAGUUUUCGAUGAUCCUGCCGAGGAGGUGCAGUUCCUUACACGAGUGCGCAACGAGGUCGAACUAUCCGACUAUGAUGUGACCGAUGACCUCCGUGAAAUGUGCAUUCAAUUCGGAUAUCUGGCCUUGUUUUCGCCUACUUGGCCCCUUGUCCCACUCUCGUUCUUCGUGAACAACUGGGUUGAGUUACGCUCGGACUUCUUCAAGAUUUGCAUGGAGUUCCGUCGACCCGUGCCACUGCGCACCGACUCCAUUGGCCCCUGGUUGGAUAGCUUAGGCUUCCUCUCUUGGGUUGGUAGCAUCACCAGCGCUGCGUUGGUAUACAUGUUUAGUAGCAAUGCACAGCAUGGACCCAACGGCGAGCCGACAGAAAUCAAGGGCUGGGCAUUGCUUUUGACUAUCUUCUUCUCAGAGCACUUGUACCUGAUUGUUAGAUACGUGGUGCGGGCUGCCAUGGCCAGGAUUGAGCCUCCGAACUCUCGAAAGGAGCGUGCUGAUCGGUAUCUCAUGCGCAAGCGCUACCUUGAAUCAAUCAGCGUGGAGAGUGAUGAGCGUGAUGACGAAGAAGAGCUGGCUUCCCAAUCUGAGGCACCUGAAAUCUCCCGCACCUCUUUGGAGGAUGACGCCCGGAAGGCCUCGCUGCAUGGAGCCGACCCUGCUGCCCGAUUUUGGUUACACCAGCGUGGUUGGACGGAGUCAGCGCAGGUGGGUGCUGGUAUCAUUCAGGCUCAGCCAGUCCGGGGCAAUGUCAAGAAACAGCAGUAG